AUGACACUGUCGGUUCCCGACGACGCCCUCUUCCUCGGCCUGGACUGCUCCACGCAGAGCAUGUCCGCUGUGGUUGUGGAUACCGGUGGUCACGUGGUGUACGAGAGCUACUUCCGCUUCGACGAGCGCUUCCCACAGUACGGCACCGACAAUGGCGUGCUGCGCCCACGCGAGAACGAGGUGGUGAUCCCAUCGCUCAUGUUCGUCGAGUCCCUGGACGCCAUUAUGGACGAUCUAGCCAAGAGCCCGAUUCACGUGGCCAAGAUCAAGAGCGUUAGCGGCAGUGCUCAGCAACACGCGUCAGUGCAUUGGAGCAAAGGCUUCUCGCUCGGUGCCUGCUUGAAUGCGGCUGCGGACUCCACAAUCUCAAUGGUGGAAACCAGGCAGAAACAGCAAGAACCCGCCUUCUGUCUGCCCAACGGACCUAGCUGGAUGGACAGCUCCACGACGCGCUAUUGCGCUGAGUUAGAGGAGGCUGUUGGUGGACCUGACCGAGUCGCCGAGAUCAGUGGAUCCCGAGCGUACGAACGCUUCACUGGCAACCAAAUUGCCAAGAGGAUCCACGAGGACCCUGCAUUUUUGGAAAAGUGCGGGCGUAUUGCACUUGUCUCGUCAAUGUUGACGUCGCUACUGUGUGGUGACUACGCCCCUAUUGAUGACAGCGACGGAUCGGGUAUGAACUUGCUGGACGUGCGUGAACGGGUGUGGUCUCCAGAGCUCGUGAAGGCCACUACUAAGUACAGCUCUUCUUCAAAUGCAACGGAGAAGCUAGUGGCAGCCUUGGGGCCGCAGGUUUCGCGAGCAUACUCCUCAGUGGGCUCUAUUCAUGCCUACUUUCAAAAGAAAUACGGAUUUGCUGCUGAUUGCAAAGUGAUUUCAUUCUCCGGUGACAACCCGUGCACGCUUGCGGGCAUUGGUCUCUCUCAGCCUGGUGACGUGGGAGUCUCGCUGGGAACAUCCAGCACGCUGUUCGCUGUGGUGCCAACGGAGGUUGCACGCUUCUCUGGUAAGGAAGGACACUUCUUCUGCAACCCCAUCGAUCCAAAGUCGGUCAUGGCCAUGAUCUGCUUCAAGAACGGCUCAUUGACACGCCAGGACGUGCGAGACCGUCGCGCCGGUGCGUCGUGGGAGACAUUCGAGGAGCUGAUGCAAGCCACAAAGGCGGGCAACGGAGGUAAGACUGCGUUUUACUAUCAGGAUCCUGAAAUCACUCCGUCCACUCUAAAAGCUGGAGUUGUUGGGUUCAACGCUAACGGUUCUCGCAUCGACGUCUCGCUUUGCCCUCCUGAAGUGGAAGUACGUGCAGUGGUGGAAAGCCAAUUUCUGUCGCUGCGUCUACAUGCAGAGAAACUUGGUGUGAGCAAGCCACAACGUCUUAUCGUGGUAGGAGGAGCUUCGGCGAAUACGUGCAUGUUGCAAGUGCUCGCCAAUGUGUUCGACGCGCCAGUGUAUCGCCUCACCUGUGCCUCCAACUCGGCUGCUUUGGGUGGUGCGCUCCGUGCUCGUCACGGGUACGCUUGUGAUGGCAGCGAGUCCGGAUACGUUCCAUUCGACGUGAGCGACAGUCUCGACUUCUCGCUGAGUGCCACACCCGUCGACGAAGACGCUAAGACGUACACGAAUGAAAUCCAGCGCUUCGAAUCCUUAGAGAACCAGGCCGUCAGUCUGCUCAGCUAA